GCCGAAGGACACGGCGCCCGCUGCCGCCGCCGCCGCCGCGCACAGACCGGGCCCGGGGCAGCGCCGCAGCCGGCAGCGCCAUGAGCGGCUACAGCCAGGACGAGAAGCUGCGGCUGCAGCAGCUCCGCGCGCUGCGGCGCCGCUGGCUGCGGGACCAGGAGCUGAGCGAGCGGGAGCCCGUGCUGCCGCCGCGGAAGCUGGGCCCGGUGGCCGCGUUCUGGGAGCGCUUCCUGCGGCCCGGGGCGCUCUGGAGGCAGCAGGUCUACAAGGCCUACCAGACCGGCGGCUUCAUCCUGCUGCGGGUGCUCAUCCCCGCCUGGCUCGUCCACUACUACGUGAAGUACCACAUCAUGAAAAAACCACAUGGCAUCGUUUUGUCAAACCCAAGGAUUUUCCCACUCCAUCCCUGACAACCACAUAGCAGCUGAAGGCCAAGCUGUGGGCCUCUAACUUGUCCCUGGCUUUGGAGACUCAAUUCACAGCUGUGGUCUCAAAAUGUCUGGCUGCAGCUCUGAGGCUGAAAAGAAGGGGUAAAGCAAGGGCAGCUUCCAGGUGAUGGGGCUGUGGUGCUGUUUCAGUUUGUUGGGUGACUGGGAGUGUUCUGAGGACCUUGUAGUAAGUGUUUAACAUGUGGAAGUGGGGACAGUUGCAGCUUUUUGCCAGAGUGCUGUGUGAAGGCAGAGGCUGGGGGCAGAUGCUCACCCUCUCUC